AUAUUUAUUAAUAUUAAAUUAAACCAUAAUAAUUAUACCACAGAACAUACCCUGUAUUAAUAUAGCGAUGCGAGCAUUAUUUUUAACCAUGUUGAUAGUCUUAUCACUGACCGGCAUAUCCUACACCCAGAGGUGCAUUAACGGUCAUUAUAAUCGAUGCGGUAGCGCGUGUCCCAUAACGUGUCAAAACCAAAGUCGACCCCCGUUUGCCUGUACCUACCAGUGUAUCCCCGGCUGUACCUGCAAUGCCGGGUACGUGCGUCGGGAUAGACUCAGUCACCACUGUGUCCGACCCCGUAGUUGUCCCCGAUUUGGCUGAUAAACAGUUGACAUUUGCUGAU